CCCACCUGCCGUCUUAGUUCCCAUGAUCCUCUGCGGGAAGAAUAGGUUCUAUUUUCUGUGUUCCUGAAAAGUACCGGUGUCAUUGCAACGAUAAUCAAUACUUCCACGCCGUCGUCGUCCCUCGUCUUUAAUGGGCCGGUGUUCGGGUUGACGUAAACCACCCCCGGCCGUGUCUUUUAAAACCCACCGCCCUUUGGAGGUUGCCGUCGUCCCUGCACCAUGUCGUACCCACCUCCGCUCAACCGCCAGCCGUUGAGCAUCCCGCAGCUGCCCCCCGGCAUCCCACCGCUGCCCCCCGGCAUCCCACCGCCCCAGUUCGGAAGCUUCGGCCCGGCUGUCCCACCAGGUACUCCCAUGAUACCAGUUCACAUGGGUGUCAUGACCCCCACUUCCACAGUUCUUGUCCCAACCACAGUCUCUAUUGCACAGAAACCCAUGAUCACAAAGAGGGAGUACAUCGGCAUCCGAACCAGGGAGGCCGAGGACGGCCCCACCACCACCGUGUUUGUGGGCAACAUCUCCGAAAAGGCGUCAGACAUGCUGAUAAGACAGCUGCUGGCUAAAUGUGGCAUUGUUCUCAGCUGGAAGAGAGUCCAAGGUGCCUCUGGGAAACUUCAAGCAUUUGGCUUCUGCGAGUACAAAGAGCCAGAAUCCACACUGCGAGCCUUGCGACUGCUGCACGAGUUGCUUUUAGGCGACAAGAAACUGCUAGUCAAAGUGGACGCAAAGACCGAGGCCCAGCUAGAAGAGUGGAAGGCCAAGAAGAAGAGUACCAAUGGCGGAGCAAGUGGCGAGUCAAAGGAUGAAGACGAGGUACUGGACGAGGAGACCCUGCAUCGGGACCAAGCCGCAAUGGGAGCAAUAGAGGUCCUCAUCAGAGAGUACUCAAGCGAGCUCAACGCAAGCUCGCUGGACUCUGAUGCUCAAUCUCGCAAGAAAAGGAGGGACAAGAAAGAGGAGGAGGACAUCAACGCCAUGGAACUGGAGGACGACAAGAGGGACUUGAUUUCCAGAGAGAUCAGUAAAUUCCGCGACACACACAAGAAAUUGGAGGAAGAGAAAGGAAAGAAAGAGAAGGAGCGGCAGGACCUGGAGAUUGUGCGCAAGGAGAAGGACAAAGAGCGGGAGCGCGAAAGGGAGCGCCGCGACCGCGAGAAAGAGAAGGAGCGGGAGCGGGACAAGGAGCGAGAGCGAGACAGAGAGCGGGACCGAGACAGAGAGCGGGAACGCGAGCGAGAGCGGGAGCGAGAUCGCGAGCGCGAACGGGAGAGGACGAAGGAGCGAGAGAGGGAUAAGAGUCGAGACAUCAGCCAAGGAAGAAGUCACUCGAGAGAGAGGCCCAGGGAGAACAAAAAGCGAGACCGAGACGAGGAUGAGGAGGACAUGUACGAGCGCAGGAGAAUGGAGAGGAGACUCCGAGACAAGGAGGACGCCUACCAGGAGCGACUGAAAAACUGGGAGAUGCGGGAGAGGAAGAAGUCACGCGACUACAGCAGGGACAGGGAGCGGGAAGAGGAGCGCUGUCGUGAAACGGUAAAAGAAGCCAAAAGACUAAAAGAAUUCCUGGAGGACUAUGACGACGAGCGAGACGAUCCUAAAUACUACAGGGGCAGCUCUCUGCAGAAGCGACUGAGAGACCGAGAAAAGGAAUCAGAAAUGGACGACCGAGACCGAAAGAGGGAAAAGGAGGAGCUGGAGGAGAUUCGACAGAGGCUUCUGGACGAGGGUCACCCAGACCCUGACGCUGAGCUGCAGAGGUUGGAGGAGGAGGCGGAGCGCAGACGAAGGCCUCCUCCGAAGUUGGAGCCUGAGGUGAAGGUGAAGCAGGAGAAGUCCCACCGGGAUCGGGACAAAAGAGGAUCGGCAAAACCUGUGGAGCCGGCGCCUCGAGAGCGACAGCACCACGAGCGAGAGCACCACGAGCGAGAGCACCACGAGCGAGAGCACCACGAGCGAGAGCACCACGAGCGACAGCACCAAGAGCGACAGCACCAAGAGCGACAUCACCAAGAGCAACAGCAUCACUUGGACGAGGAGGUAGUGGAGCGGAGACAGGAGGAGGUGGUGGUGGUGGAGGAGGAGGAGAUGGAGGAGGAACAGCAUGCCGCCCACAAUGGUGGGGAUUCGCCAGAGACUAAGCUGCUCCUCAAACCCCUCAUGCGACCAAUCAAUACCGCUCCCUCUGUGUCCUCUGCCAGCGGGAAUGCCACCCCAAACACACCUGGCAACGACUCCCCCCAAGGCAUCAUCAUUCCAGGCGAGAACACGCCUGAGGUGCAACCUCUCGAGGAGCACCGGCCCAAGAUUGGCCUUAGUCUCAAACUGAAUUCCACCAACAGCCCGAGCCAGCUCAACGCUGUCAAACGGAAGAAGCUGUCCGCCGUGGACAGCGUUUUCAACAAGUUUGACGAGGAGGAGGCGGACGAGCAGCCUCGCAAAAGGAAGCUGGUCCCCCUCGACUACGGCGACGACGAAAAGAGCCUGGGCCUGGACGGGGCGGAGAUCUCGGGGGGCAAGGGCGGCGCCAACACCGAGGAGAAGCGCAAGAACAUCAGGAGCCUUAUCGAGAAGAUCCCCACCGCCAGGCCGGAGCUUUUCACCUACCCUCUGGACUGGUCCAUGGUGGAUUCGACUCUGAUGGAUCGACGCAUCAAACCGUGGAUCAAUAAGAAGAUUAUUGAAUACAUCGGGGAAGAGGAAGCCACGCUAGUCGAGUUUGUUUGUUCAAAGGUGAUGGCGCACAGCACUCCUCAGGGUAUUCUUGAUGACGUCGCCAUGGUCCUGGACGAGGAGGCGGAAGUCUUCAUAGUCAAAAUGUGGCGUCUGCUAAUAUACGAAACCGAGGCCAAGAAGAUUGGAUUGGCGAAAUAAACUCUAAACGUACUCUACGACCCGCUUUUUCGCUCACAGUCCGGACAGCUUGCCAACGAUGGGCCUUAGACUCCUUACACUUUUGUCAGCGAGCAGCCGCUGGUGUGGGCUCGGCAACGGAGUGUGAUCUGUGAACAGUUAUUUGCGACACCAUAUUGCAUGGGGAAACUUACGUUGUAUUUUUGUUGAGGUUAUGAGAGGAAAUUGUAUUUUACCAUCUGUUCUCCAAUAAUUCAGCCACGUUGAAGCCCUGCUCAACUGUGUGACCUAAUAAAUAAGCUUUUUUAAGAAAA